UGCAGUCUAGGCACCCACAAUUUUUCCUGUUAAAUAACCUGUCAAUUUUUAUAGGCUGCUGUAUAUUCAGGUUUAACUCAGAACCUAAAAAGGUUACUUCCAGUUUUAUUCAAGAUUUGAAGCAACGUGUACUUAAAGGAACAAAGAAAUGAGGGGGAAUAAAUAGAUUAAUCAUAAGGUGAAUUGAGUUGUCAAAAUAAGACUAGUACAACUGUUACACUAUUAAUUUAAGAAUAAAAAUUGAAAGAAAAAGUUGUAAAGUUGUAGGCUUUUUGCUAGAAUCACUUGUUUGAGAAGUAAAGAUUUCGUUUUUACCAAUACAAUUCAGAGAGAAGCCUUAGAAAAAUCCAAGGAGCUUUGGAAGGAUUGCUUUUUGGGAAAUGGGAGUUUGAGAAUUUUGAGUCUCUCAUCUUUUACUAUCAUCUUGUUAUAAAGCUAUCAUGAUAUGGACUUCUUUUGAAGUGAACCAAAUGAUCAAACUCCAAUUAUUCUAAUCCUCUGUUUUUGUCUGCUCCCUCUGUCUCUCUCUUUCGGACCUUCACUGCCUCAUUUAUACAAACAUUUGGUGUGCGGAUAGAAAAUGAAGAGUAAAUUAUUCAGUUUUGUCUUAAUUAUAUUCGCACUUUGUUUAAUCUGUGUUAGAAGCAGGCCUUUGGCACCAAAUCUCCAUUCUUUGCAGAACAAACUGAGUACAAAUGAGGGAAACAUGAGCAAUAAAGGACAAGGACAAGUGAAAGAAACAGAGGAAUAUAGUGAUAUGAGUAAAGAAGAGAAGAAAAUGAUAGGAUCAAGUCCGCCGAGUUGUGAACACAAAUGCUAUGGAUGUAUGCCUUGUGAAGCCAUACAAGUGCCAACCAACACAGGUCGAGUUGGAGUUCAGUACACUAAUUAUGAGCCAGAAGGCUGGAGAUGCAAGUGUGGCCCUGAAUUUUAUACUCCUUAGACCAUCUUUUAUUCUGGCUAAUAUUCGUCUAAUUAGUACAAAAAAAGAAAGCUACUAUCAGUUUGGAUUUAGUCCUAUGUCAAGUUGGAAUUAUUUUUAUGUUGUUAUGAGUUACGACUUGUGAGUGUGUAUAGUGGCUUUAAGAAAUUUUGUUGAUGUUAGUAAUAGUUGUGUAGAAAACAAAGAGUA